GGGGUCCGGUCUCUCAGAGUCGUCUCGGUCGCAGCCACGUACACACGCGUUUUCAGUCAGUCGCAAGGAUCCGUGACACAGAGUAGUUGUGCUGCUAGAGGCGUUUCGUGUCAGCGCAGUGAAGUUUAUAAGUGAUCGUAAAAGUUCUCUCCAAAUGGUGGUGCUUGAAGACGGAGGAAUGAUGACCAGUAAUCCUAAUCAAUAUUUACAACCUGAUUAUCUGACCCCGCUUCCGUCCUCUUUGGACUCGAAGAAAAGCCCGCUUGCGCUUUUAGCGCAAACUUGCAGUCAAAUCGGCGCAGACACUUUACCGACAAAGCCGUUGUUACCUCCAAUGGAUAAGAAGAAAGUGAACAGUGUUAAUAGUGAAUCAGUUAGUCGUUCUUCACCAAACAAUAAUGUAAACAAAGACAAACCUCGUUCGACCCCGGACAACAAACAUCUAGCGUUCAAGCCCUAUGAAACUAAUGUAGUUUCAAAAAAACCUGAGGAAACACGACCUUCCUCAAAAGCGAGCUCAGACAGUUCGGACGAGAAGAAAUCUGGAAAGAGCACACCUGGACGGAAAUCUACACCACCUGCCGCGGAAAACGGAAAAAGUAGCCCAUCAACUGAAGCAAAAUCAUCACCAACUGCAUCCUCAGGGACCAGUCCCAUUAUCCGAUCUGGAUUAGAAGUUUUGGGACAUGGAAAGGACCAUCUUGGUGCAUUUAAAAACUUACCCGGACUACCUGGGUUCAAUCCACUUACUGGACUGUGCUGCCCUCCUGGCAUGGAGCAACACGGAAAUCCCGCUUUUAGGCCUCCAUAUGCAGGCGCUCCGUUCAGUGCUCACCACGCAGCAAUGCUUGCCGCCGCCGCUGCAUUUCCUGGCUCCUCGCCUAACCCGUACCUAGGUUACGCUAGAGUCAAAACACCAGCCGGUGGAGAAACUUUAGUCCCUGUAUGCAAGGACCCUUAUUGUACUGGAUGUCAGUUUUCCGUCAAUAACCAUCACCUGCUUAUGAAUAAUGGAUCGUGCCCAGCUGGUUGCACACAGUGCGAACAUCAAAAAUACAAUCUGGCAAUGGCCAUGGCCCUUUCACAGCAAGGGGCCGCUGCCGGUGGUCUGCCUUACCCACAACUUAGUCGCCCCUACGUUUGUAAUUGGAUUGUUGGUGAAUCAUAUUGUGGUAAAAGAUUUGGAAAUUCCGAAGAAUUGCUGCAGCACUUGAGAAGUCAUACGACAGACGGUUCCACACCAGCGUCCGUCCAAUCAACUCAACCAUCGUUAUUAAACCCUUUAAAUCCGCUUUUCACGACAGCGGGUCUCCGAAGCGCAUAUCCGACGGCACCUCUCAGUCCGCUGUCUGCGAGUCGGUACCAUCCGUAUUCAAAGGCUGGUCUCCCAGCGAGUCUUGGUGCUUCUCCUUAUGGUGCCUUUAAUCCAGCUCUAGGGCCUUUUUACUCUCCGUACGCGAUGUACGGACAGAGGCUCGGAGCGGCUGCUGUUCACCAAUAAAUAUCAGGAGUGCAGUGAAAACCUGGACGUUUGGACUGAUCAUAAUCUAAUGUUGUAUUGUCCAAUUUUCUUCUGUGAUAUCGAUAGACUCUAAUUGAUGUUCGAAGGCGUGAUGCGCCAUGACAAAUUUAGUGAUUAGUGCAAUUUAAUAUAGGAACUAUUUAUAUAAGUGAACUUGCCGACGGAGUUGCUUCUACGCAAGAUAUAUCUGAACAAUGAGGACUCUGUACAGCCAAAUCAUUUGUGUAAAUAAUAAUCUCUAUGUUUAAUAAUAAAUGAAUAUUUCAAAUAUAAUAUCUA